UUAUACGAUAAAUAGAUCGCGACGACGACAACAACUGCCAUUGAACAAUAACCAACAAUAUAAAUCCGUUACAUUUUCCGAAGCUUUCUGAUAGAAAAGAUGCCACAAACACCCAAGUACCUGACGGGUGAUUCAGCUGCUAUUAAUGAGUUUCUCGAUAAGUUUGACGUUUUCCUACUCGAUUGCGAUGGAGUCUUAUGGUCUGGGGACAAUGUCUUCGAGGGCAUCGUCGAGACGCUGGAGAUGCUGAGAUCCAGGGGAAAACGGAUUGUAUUCGUUACGAAUAAUUCUACAAAAGACCGCCCGGGCUAUCAACAGAAGCUGACGGGCUUGGGUAUCCCUAGUAAUGUCGAGGAGAUAUUCGGCUCGUCUUACUCAGCUGCAGUAUAUAUCUCACGCAUCUUAAAACUACCCGCACCUAAGAACAAGGUCUUCAUCAUCGGCGAGAGCGGCAUGGAGUCCGAGCUGCGCACCGAGGGUGUACCCUUCAUCGGCGGCACAGACCCGGCUUUAAGACGAGACAUUACACCCGAGGACUUCAAGGGGCUGGCUGACGGCUCUUUGUUGGAUCCGGAUGUCGGUAUUGUACUUGCCGGGUUGGAUUUCCACAUCAACUAUCUCAAGCUAUCUAUAGCCUACCAGUAUAUACGACGUGGUGCCAAGUUCAUCGCGACAAACCUCGACAACUUGCUACCUAUGGGUGACACCUUCUUCCCCGGCGCCGGUUCUAUAUCCAUCCCACUGGUCAACAUGACCGGACAGACACCCUUGACCUUGGGAAAGCCCAGUCAGGCCAUGAUGGAUGCGAUCGAAGGGAAGUUCCAGUUGGACCGGGCGCGGACUUGCAUGGUCGGCGAUAGGUUGAAUACCGAUAUCCAAUUCGGCGUCGAGGGCAAGCUGGGCGGGACUCUACAUGUGCUCACUGGUGUUCACAAGCGGGAGGAUUGGGAGGCUGAGAAUGCCGUGGCCGUCCCCGCCUACUAUGCCGAUAAGCUGAGCGAUCUCCGAGGUGCGACAUCAUGACGAGAUGCACUCUAUCCCUCUCAUGUCCCAUGCUAUCCAGCAUUUAUUUAGACUUAGAUUUGAUGCGUAGCAUUAUGCUAUAGAGCCUAUAUAAAGUAUAGACAGACAGACAGAUAGAAACUACAAAUUUCGGAGAUACUAUCAGGAAAUCCUCGAAUCAUGGCACUCCAUCUGCUCUAAGCUUCGGCACAAUGCUGUCGACCAGCGGCGAGUAUACUAAACCGAGUUCUCCAACAGCUCUCCGAA